CCAUAGAUGUUUCAGUUUUUGGAUUUCACCUAACACCAAUAGGAUAAGGGUUGCUUGCUUUCUUUCUGUUCUUUCCCUUCAUUUCACAUCCAAAAGUGGGGAAUAUAUGGAAAUAUGGCUGCGUUGAAGUUCUUCACGUUAACCGAUCUCUCUGUUGUGCUGCUUUCAGUUCUUGUACUUCUUCAGAUAUGCAGCGCCCAGAACAGGCAUCAAUGCGCUCCUUCUUCCUGCGGCAACAUCCCAAUCAACUACCCUUUUCGGCUAAGAGUCGAGCCAGAGCACUGCGGCUAUCCUCUUUACGAGCUGGUCUGCGAGAACACCAACGUCACAGUGCUAUACAUCUCCGAAGGCAAAUACCAAGUUCAAGCAAUUGACUACAACAACUUGACAAUUCGACUCGUCGAUGCCGCCGUGCAGAAGGACAACUGCUCUACAAUCCCUCGUCACUCUCUGCUCAGACCCAACUUCACUGCUGCAAGUCCCUUCAACUGGAUCGAGUCGUACAACGAACAACCCAGGGUGGCAACGUUUAUGAAGUGCCUCAAUCCUGUGAAGAAGAAAGAUUUUCCUCGUUAUGUGGACACUGCUCCUUGUGUGAAUGGGACGCCCUAUUCUUAUGUGAUGCUUGGAGGCGAUUUGACGGAUGUAGGGGAUGCCUGCACGGUGGAGUUGAUAGUUCCAUCUUCACUGCCCAUCAGGGGCGAUAUCGGCAAUGUUUCGUUCCUCGACGUGCAUAAUGACUUGGUCGAUGGGUUUGAGCUUGUUUGGUAUCAAGUUACGUGUAUAAGUUGCAGAGGGGCGGAAGUGUGCUAUUUGCUUAGUGGGUCUACCCCAGAUUGCUCUGCAUCUACGGAGAGCUUCUUCUCGGGGAUCGAGUACACUUUCAAAUAUCAGCGCUUGCUCAUAUUGCUGAUUAUUGGAGUAAUAGUUGUGGCCAGAUUGAUAUUCCUGGGCCCUUGUGUGUUGGGAUUCGUGAUUUUCAGAUGGAGGAGGAGACACUUAUCGAUGUUCGAGGGCGUAGAAGAGUUCCUCCUGAGCCAGAACAACUUCACUCCAGUGAGAUACUCUUACUCUGACAUCAAGAAGAUGACGAAUAACUUCAGGGACAAACUAGGACAAGGAGGGUACGGGUCCGUCUACAAAGGCAAGCUCCGUAGUGGCCAGUUUGCUGCAAUCAAGCUACUACUGAGCAACGACUCCAAAGGAAACGGACAAGAUUUCAUCAACGAAGUCGCCACCAUAGGAAGGAUCCACCACGUCAACGUGGUCCGCCUUGUAGGCUACUGUGCCGAGAGGUCGAAGCGGGCCCUCGUCUAUGACUUCAUGCCCAAUGGCUCCCUCGACAAGUACACGUCUUCAUAUGGAGGAGCAGAUGGGAAUGUCGUUCUGUCCUGGAACCAGAUGUUCAAGAUUUGCUCGGGCGUCGCCAGAGGGAUCGAGUACCUCCAUCGUGGCUGCGAUAUGCAGAUCCUGCAUUUCGACAUCAAGCCUCACAACAUCCUCCUUGACGAAAAUUUCAUUCCAAAGGUCUCGGAUUUCGGCUUGGCAAAGCUCCGUCCUGCAGCGAGCAACAACACCUUGUCACUCACUGCAGCCAGAGGAACCAUCGGGUACAUUGCACCGGAGUUGUUCUACAAGAACAUUGGACGUGUCUCGUAUAAGGCCGACGUGUACAGCUUCGGGAUGUUGCUGAUGGAGAUGGCGGGAAAACGGAAUGGUCCCACGAACCCUGUGGAUUCGAGUGGGAGCUACUUUCCUAACUGGGUUUACAACCAAGUGGUUUCUGGAGAAGUGGAAAGCGGCGACACUACGACGACGACAACAACGGAAGACGAGAAGGUAGUGGCUAAGAAGAUGGUGAUGGUCGCAUUGUGGUGCAUACAGAUGAAGCCAGAGAAUAGGCCUUCGAUGGGCAGAGUUGUGGAGAUGCUUGAAGGUGAGUUGGAGACCCUGCCAUUGCCUCCUAAGCCUGGUUUAUAUCCAGAUGCAACGCCGGUGAUCGGAGAAGAGGGUUACUCCGAUGAAUCGUCGUGGUCGUCUUCCCUGUACUCCGAUGAAACGAUCAGUUUGGUUACGAGUUCGGAGUGAUGGCAUUUGGGUGGCUUUGCUGGUUUUGUGUUGUUGUAAAUGCUCUGAAUAGAACUUCUGCUUUUGUUUUCCUUCACGCCAUAGGAAAGAGAUGUGUGCAUAGUUUGUUAAUUGGAGUUACUUGUAUAUUUUAGGGUUUCUUUUUCAAAUUAGUAUUCGACUUUGAAACUUGCAAUUGUAUAUGGUUUAUGUUUCAUGUGAAUUUGUAAGACUUUGAUUUUCAAUACAUGGUGUAAUUUCUA